AUGUCCUUGCAGGCUGAUUUUGACAGAGCUGCGGAAGAUGUCAGGAAGCUGAAAUCAAGGCCAAAUGAUGAAGAACUGAAGGAACUAUAUGGGCUUUACAAACAGGCUAUCCUUGGAGACAUUAAUAUUGAGUGUCCAGCCAUGUUAGAUUUAAAAGGCAAGGCCAAAUGGGAAGCCUGGAACCUCCAAAAAGGGUUGUCGAAGGAAGAUGCGAUGAGUGCGUAUAUUUCUAAAGCAAAAGAACUGAUAGAAAAAUAUGGAAUUUAA